CAGAAAGCGGAGAAUCUCUGCAGAACUUAAGCCUGAAACACCGCUGUUUCGUCGCGGAUGCCUCAAGUCCCAGUCCGCGUCUUGUCCAUGAGCCUUUUUCGUCGUUUCCCGCGCUGCACACCGGCUUCCCGUCUUUCUUUUUCACAAGGAAAGACGAUGUGAACCGCCGAACGUCUCCGCACGCGCCGGUGGCACGUGACUCUGCCGCCCCUGAGGCCGCCGUAGCGAAAAACCACCCGACCUCCGCAGAAGAAAUCAUGUGAAAAUCGACACACACACGGAAUGUAAGUGCAACUCUCCUACACCGGAUGCAUACUCUUCUUGUGUCGCCUCGUUCCGCUCCACACACGCUAACGCACAGCCGCAGAUCUACCAAUACAUGUGUAUAUAGGUGUGUAUUUUCUGAGCUGUUCGGAGGCGCAAGUGCACGGAUAGCAGAAAGCGGGGCAUGUGGGUUGUCUCUGCCUCCUGUAUUUUUCUGAAUGUAACUCCACACAGAGGUAUGCAGAGUGUAAGGUGUGGCUAGGAGAGUGGCGUCCAUGUCCACCUGUUUUUUUUUUCGCGGACCUAUGUUGUAGAUUCACGAAGCGUUUUCGGAAGGGCUGCGAACGCAGUCUCGCAUUUCCUCACUCGAGUAAAGGGUGCAUUUCUAAAGGUGGAGACUUCGUUAUGGUUAGGAGAGUCUGCGCAUGUUUUCCGCAAAGUUCUAUUUCGACAAAGAUUUGACAACUUCAGAGAGUUCCUGCGGGCGACCUUGACUCCGCUGCCGCCUGAAGCACUGGCAACAGACGGCUCUUCUUCGACCUCGGGGCAUCUCGGAUCCAAACGUUUUCUUUCUUCUGCGGCGUUCAGCAAAGCCGCAACUUGACGCGCCUCCUUUCUCUCUCCCACCACGUCGAUGUAUGUACGCGUCGGAGUGUCUUCUUCGUUUCCCGCUCUCUCCGACUCUCUCGUCUCUCCCGCUUGUCCGCUGGUCACUCCACAGCCUCCUCGCCCUCUUAGCGGAUCUACAAGCCUUCACACUGUCUCCGUUGUUUGUCAAUUCGUUUUUCUCUUCGAACAUGCGCGUGUGGAAGUAAACACAUACAUUCUACAUACAUAAUACGUGCAUAAUGCAUAUAUGAAUACAUUUAUGUGUAUGCAUAAGUAAACAUAUAUGCAUACAUAAAUACAUGCAUGUAUAUAUAUGUACAAUUGCAUGUGUCUACAUGUACAUCAUCCCGUGAAUGUAUAAAUGGACUGUAUUGGUGGGGUCAGUUGCUACGUCUUUAAAAGCGCUCAGGUGGUCCGUGCGCGGCGUUUUCAUCGAGAGACGGAACUGGGUGCUUUUGCGAGGCGCGAGUUUCUCGAACUCGCAAGAAUGGAGGCCUGAUAGAUCUCUUUGCAUAGAGAUCUUCCUGGAAGCAGGCAACGACACAAACGUUUGUCAGCCAGGUCGCGAGGAGACUCUUGUGCGUCCCAGCGGAGCUCCUUUUUCGGCGAGAAAACUCACGGGUCAGAAGCCUCCGGGCGUGGAAGAGAAGCGACGGGGGACCUGACGCGGUCCGUGGUCCUUCUUCUCUCCAGGUUCCUCGCCGACGCGUCUGGGAAGAUCCUUCAUUUUUCUGAAUCUUCGUGAGAUCAAACCACCUGCAUCUCGCGACACACGCAUCUUUUUCUUCGUCUGCGACUCCGCUUUCGCUCUUUCCGCCCUCUGACCGGCCACGUGCCGGAGACGCAGCUCAACUAGCCACUCGCUCGGGUGUAUGUACACCCGAGGCGAGCUGAGAGACGAGGCCGUGGUCGGUCGGCGAAGGGCAGGUUUCGCGGCAGCUGCCCCAGGUUCUUUUCUCGGGGUUUCACGGCAGCCGCAGCCACCAUGGACGCGACUCAGGCGGCGGCUCUGAAAGAGCGGGGAAACCUCUGCUUCAAGAAAGGCAUGUUUCAGUCGGCCGUGGAACUCUACACGAGGGCGAUCGAGUGCGAUGGGAGCUGCGCCGUCUACUUCACCAACCGCGCUCUCUGCUACAAGAAGAUGGGCAAGUGGACCCUCGUGCUGAACGACUCCAGGGAAGCCAUGCAACUUCAGAAAGACAACGUGAAAGCCUACUUUCUCAUGGGCGAAGCGCUGCUCAACCUCGGUUCGCUAGACGAGGGCCUUCAGUAUCUCGUCAAGGCGCGAGGUCUGGCGACUGCGGCCACGCCCAUCAGUCAGGAAAUCGAAGACGCUAUUCAUCACGGAAACAAGCUGCGUUUUUCUCAGCAGCGAGAGCAACGAGCGACGGAACGCGCUGAACUUGCUGCUUUCUUGCGGAACUCACUGGAGACUCUGUACACCACCGGCGGAGUGUCACAUGCAGAGUUUGAGCUGCGCAUGCAACAACUCGAACGCGUUUUCGAAGAAGCCGAGGAGACGUCGAAGCCCUUCGAAGUGCCAGACUGUCUCUCAUGCAGUAUCUCCAUGGCAAUUAUGAACGAUCCGGUCAUUACCCCGAGCGGCAUCACAUACGAGAAAAGUCUUCUUCUCGAACAUCUGCGACGCAAUGGACAUUUCGACCCAAUCACUAGAAAACCGUGCCCGCCAGAUGCUCUCGUCCCGAACUACGGCAUCAAGGAAGCCAUAAAGUGGUUUUUGGGGAAGUAUCCUUGGGCGUACGGCACCUAGAACUCGGACUCCACUCCGUGAGGUCUCAUCGACGAACAACUCACUGGCUCUGCAGCUAGACAAGCACACGUGCAUCUGUACGUGGCCGUGAAAGCCCUCGUGUGCCUUGGUCGGUAUCAAGUCAGCGCGGAUCGUGUGCUUUUAUAGUUUUUCACUAGUCGCCGCCACACGUAAAAAUGGGCCUCCCAGAAUGAAGGCCUCAGAUAUCUCGAAAAUGAGGGAGGCCUCGACUGUCUAAAACUGGUGUACCUGUUUCUGAAUGUCCUGGUGUCCGUUCGGGUAAAUGCACAUGCACACACGCAUCAGGCGGUUUGGUCGAAAGCUGGAGCGUUCUCGAACUUGAGCUGCGGCAGCCGCGCAUGCAACGACGGAAAAACAACUUUGUUUAGAGGAUGGAAAGCGGCCGGCGCGAGGGGCUUCGGGUGUGUGCCACGGGGUAUCGUCGCUCUAGGUUGAAAACAUUCCACAAGGGGUUGCAUCAUCGUUUUUGUGAGAUUCGCACGCGGCAAGACUGAAGCGCGCCGUUGUCGCCCGUCCAAGCCCCGAGCACCUCGCUUUUCUCGGAAAAGUGUUUGCGACUAUGCCGCGGAAACAGACCUGUUUUCGCUGGCUAGUCCUGCUAAAAAAGUGAAGAGCAGCCGACGUGUUGCCUGAUGGAAAACGGAAGGAAAUGCAGAAGCACAGUUGGAACGCGAAUCUAGGAAGUAUCCAUCCACAUUUUUCGCGGGCUGGAUCCGAGUCUUUUCGCGAUGUGUCCGAACCAAGUCCGUUAAUUCAGGAACGCGGAACUGGAUUCUUUUGUUCGAAGUGGUCGGC